CCCAGUAACAGAGAUACCCCAGAGAGAUGUCCCCGUCCUCUGUAUUCCCAGGAUUGUACAGAGGAGAAUCACAGGAUCCCACAGGAGGAUCAGGUAGAACGUGUGUCUGAUAUUAAAACAGAAAAUAUAGAGGGAGAAGAAGAGAAGUAUCUAACUGUUAUAAAGGCAGAAGAUAUAGAGGGAGAAGAGAUGUAUCUAACUGUUAUAAAGGUAGAAGAUACAGAGGAAGAAGAAGAGACGUAUGUGACUGAUAUGAAGGCAGAAGAUAUAGGGGGAGAAGAAGAGACGUAUAUGAAGGGUGAUAAGCAGUGUAAGGAGGAGGAGAUCCCUACAGAUAUCAGCACAGAUGGACACACACUCAGGAAUAUCUCAGAAGGACAUCUAAUGUUAUCCCCGGAUUGUGACAUAAAAGAUAAUGACAGUAGACAGGAUUCUCCAGGAGAUAAUACCAUUAUCCCAAUGAUACAUCCAGCUCUAUCAGCUGAUCCCCCUGAUCCUGGAGAAUGUUCUCCUGAUCACUCUGAUAUUGGUGCAUCUGUUACAGCUCUGACAGUAGAUACAGUGUUUCCCUGUUCUGUAGAUGCCAAAUGUUUUACACAGAACACAAAACUUAUUACCCAUCAGCCAGCUAAGGCAGGUGAGAGGCCAUUUCCAUGUUCUGAGUGUGGGAAAUGUUUUACACAAAAAUCAGGUCUUGUUACACAUCAGAGAAGACACACAGGUGAUAGGCCAUUUCCAUGCUCUGAGUGUGGGAAAUGUUUUAUCUGGAAAUCAGAACUUGUUAAACAUCAGCGAAGUCACACAGGUGAGAAUCCAUUUCCAUGUUCUGAGUGUGGGAAAUGUUUUUCAUACAAAUCACAUCUUGUUAUACAUCAGAGAAGGCACACAGGUGAGAGGCCAUUUUCUUGCUCUGAGUGCGGGAAAUGUUUUACCUGGAAAUCACAACUUGGUACACAUCAGCGAAGUCACACAGGGGAGAAUCUAUUUCCAUGUUCUGAGUGUGGGAGAUGUUUUACAAUCAAAUCAUGUCUUGUAAAACAUAAGAGAAUACAUACUGGUGAGAAACCAUAUUCCUGUUCUGAGUGUGGGAAAUGGUUUACAUACAAAACUACUCUUGAUGCACAUAAGAGAAGUCACACAGGUACAUCACCAUUUCCAUGUUCUGAGUGUGGGAAAUAUUUUGCACAGAAAUCACAACUUGCUAGACAUCAGAGAAGUCACACAGGUGAGAGGCCAUUUCCAUGUUCUGACUGUGGAAAAUGUUUUGCACGGAAAUCACACCUUGUUACACAUCAGCAAAGUCACACAGGUCAGAAGCUAUUUCCAUGUCCUGAGUGUGGGAAAUGGUUUGCACAGAAAUCAGGUCUUGUUAAACAUCAGAGAAGUCACACAGGUGAGAAGCCAUUUCCAUGUCCUGAGUGUGGGAAAUGUUUUGCACGGAAAUCAGAUCUUGUUAUACAUAACAGAAGUCACACAGGGGAGAAUCCAAUUUCUUGCUCUGGGUGUGGGAAAUUGUUUGCACAGAAAACAGAUCUUGUUAAACAUCAGAGAAGUCACACAGGUGAGAAGCCUUUUUCUUGCUCUGAGUGCGCAAAAUGUUAUACUCGGAAAUCAUAUCUUAUUAUACAUAUGAGAAGUCACACAGGUGAGAGGCCGUUUCCAUGUUCUGAGUGUGAGAAAUGUUUUGCACACAAAUCAGAUCUUGUUAUACAUAACAGAAGUCACACAGGGGAGUAUCCAAUUUCUUGCUCUGAGUGUGGGAAAUGUUUUAAACGGAAAUCAGAACUUGUUAUACAUCAGAGAAGUCACACAGGUGAGAAGCCAUUUCCAUGUUCUGAGUGUGAGAAAUGUUUUGCACUCAAAUCAACUCUUGUUAGACAUCAGCAAACUCACACAGGUGAGAAGCCAUUUUCUUGCUCUGAGUGUGGGAAAUGUUUUGCACACAAAUCACAUCUUGUUAGACAUCACAAAAGUCACACAGGUGAGAGGCCAUUUCUUUACUCUGAGAAAUAAAUCAGCUCUUGUUGCACACAAUAGACCACUCAGGUGAGGAGCCAUUUUAAUCUUCUGGAGUAUAGUUAUCAUUGCCAUGCAUUGUUCUUCAAGUUUCUUAUCCUAUCUCCUAUGCUUUUUGCAAUAUACAUGCUACCGCAGGGUGAAAUAAUCAGAUGCCAUGUCCUCAUCUACC